AUGGUGACAUCUUUUGCUGUCCUUUGUCUAUCAAUUGCUAUAAUUGAAUCCCUGGCAGGAAUUCUAGGAAAUGGAAUUAUCUUGGCUGCCAGUUUAUCAAGCUGCAUUGGGAGCAAAAUAUGGCCUCCAUACGACAUGAUCAUGAUCUCACUGAGUUCAUCUAAAUUCAUUUUGCAGUCAUGGAAUACACUGGAUUCCUUAAUGAGUCUAUUUUAUGAGCCCUUCAUUCACGAAGAAAACAUGUUUGUAGUUUCCAAGACAAUUUUUACAUUUCUGAGCUAAUCCAGCCUCUGGUUUGGAGCCUGGCUUAGUGUCUUCUAUUGUAUCAAGUUUGCCAGUUUUACACAGUCUUUCUUCAUCUGGCUGAAGCUAAGAAUUGCCAGGCUGGUGCCCUGGUUGCUGCUCACAUCAUGGCUCUUCUCCUUCACAGCUGCAAUUCCCUUUGCCUGGGAUGUCUACAGUGUGCAUGAGAACAUCACUGCUCCUUCAUCCAUGACAAACUCUUCAGCAAGGAGAACAACAAAAAAAGACAGUUUGGGUUUAAUAAUUCUUCUCUCUAAUGCUGGUAUAGUUAUGCCUUUAAUAUUGUCUGUUGUUUCCAGUGUUCUGCUGAUUCGGUCUCUGUUGAUACACACCAGACGGAUGCAAAGUAAUGCAAGUGGUUUCAGGGAUCCCAGCUUAGAGGCCCAUAGGAAAGGCAUCAAGUCAGUCUGUUCCUUCUUUUUCUUCUAUAUUACAUAUUUUAUUUGUUUGCUUCUCCUCUACUCCAGAGUCUUUUCACCUUUAAGUGAUAAGGAAUCCAUGUGUAUAGUUAUAUUGUCUGCCUGUCCUACAGGAUACACAAUGGUUUUAAUUUGGAGCAAUCCCAAAUUUUGAGAGCUUCCAGCUAGGAUUUGGCACCACACUAAAUGUCCUUUCAGUACUAUAUCUGUAAUCACUGUUUGUUUUUACCACAGUGACAAAAAGAGUGUAUCUACAAGCAAGAAAAACAGUUUCCGAGGCUGUUCAUUAAAAAUCCAGGAGCUCGUUAGGCAGUGCAAGUUUCUGAGAGCAGACAGCGUUUCUGAUAAGCUCGAGGAGCUGGGCCCAGUGGCUGUUCAUCAAGGCCUGACGAGCAUUCCUGAGGUCACACCCCAUCGCAAUUCCGGUGCUUCUCCGCGCAUGUCCGCCCGGCUGUUAGAGGGUCUCCUUCUGCCUCCUGGUGGUCGUCGAUGA